UUGUCCUGCCAUGUUGCAGGUAAAGUUGCCAGGGGUCUGGGUCUGAGAAAGUGGUCAAACCCUCCCACAGUGGGGUGUGUGUGUUUUCUGCUGCGCUCUGGGCUGGUUUCUAUUCAAAUAUGGGUCAGGGGUGAGGAAGCCUAACGUCAUAAGCUUGCAACAUGGCGUCCCGAAGGCUGUGAGAUGAGCAGGAGGAUGGUAAAGAACGCCUGAGAACGGUCCUACCGAUGUAAAAAGCUUUAGGUGGUGCACGUGUAGGAAGACAGAGAGAGAAGGAAGGAGGAAAUGGAACUGCCAAAUCAUGCCAAACAACUGCUGCUGCAACUCAACCAGCAGAGAGCCAAGGGCUUCCUCUGUGAUGUCAUCAUUGUGGUGGAGAACGCUCUCUUUCGCGCCCACAAGAACAUCCUGGCAGCCAGCAGCAUUUACUUCAAAUCUCUGGUCCUCCACGAUAACCUUAUUAACCUCGACACGGAGAUGGUGAACCCCUCUGUGUUCAGACAAGUCCUGGACUUUAUCUAUACUGGAAAGCUCCUGUCGUCGUCAGACCAGAGCAGCGAGCAGAACUUCAGUGCCCUCUUGACCGCAGCCAGCUACCUCCAGCUACAUGACCUCGCUGCUCUGUGCAGAAAGAAGCUCAAGCGCAGUAGUGGGAAGUCCCUACCAGGAAAACCCUCCACCCCAGGUCCACUCAGCCGCUUGCGCCUCAACAACCAGCGCCUCUCCUCUUCUACCCCUGCUGGUCCCAACAACCACUAUCCUCCGACCCCUUCGGAUGCCGACCAACCACAGCCAGAUGAAGGCCUUCGGGACAAACUGUCAGAUGAUGAAAUGUUUGUUGGGAGCACUGGGAAAACUGGGAAUGGGGGAAAUGGCAGCAGUAACGGUAAUCUCAGCAGUGGGGCAAGCGCUGGAGAGCCAGAUCUUGGGUUAGAUCUGUCCAAGAAGAGUCCUCACUCUGCUGGCACAGCAACUGAUGCCCUCAGCCCACACAGCAACUCCCAAGAAUCCCCCCAAUCUGCCUCAGUAUCCACAACCAACAGUGCCUCGCUGGAUGACUCCUCAACCACCCUGCCAGGUGUAGACACAUGCAUCUCAGAGAACAUGGAGCUAAAUUCUUCUAAGAUGCCAGAGGACUCCCAAAGCCAGCCCGAGGGCCCACCACCCCAGAAAAAGACUCGACAUGCUGCUCGUAAGAACGAAUGGCCCAAAAAAGAGGCAUUAGGGUUGAAGUCUGAAGAUCAUGACAGGCCUUUGGUCAACGGAGUGAUUGUAGGUCCUAAAGAUGGCCGCUCCUCUGGUGCUGGUGGAGGCAGUGGUAACAGCUUUGCAUCUGACCAGUCCUUCCAGUGUAAAGAUGAGGAAGAAGGGGGAGAAAAUGGCCAGGACCACAGUGAAGAAAGUGGUCAGAGUGAUGGAGAGAGUGCAGGAGGUGGAGGAGGAGCAGGAGGCGGGCACCAUAGCGCCAACUAUGUGUACCGGCAGGAAGGUUUUGAGCCAGCAUUUGGGGAUAACCUCUAUGUGUGCAUUCCCUGUGGUAAGGGCUUCCCCAGUUCUGAGCAGCUCAACGCUCAUGUGGAGACCCACACUGAAGAUGAGCUCUACAUCAAGGAAGAGGGAGGGACCUUUGUGAAAGAAGAGGAUGAGGAGGAGGCGGAGGACCUCUCUGCCCCUGUAGGUCCCUCCAGUUUUGGCUCUGAAACGCGUCCCUUCAAGUGUACCGUGUGCAGCAAGAGCUACAAAGACCCCGCAACUCUGAGGCAGCACGAAAAGAGCCACUGGCUGACCCGGCCCUUCCCCUGCAACAUCUGUGGCAAAAUGUUCACCCAGAGGGGAACCAUGACGCGCCACAUGCGCAGCCACCUGGGCCUGAAGCCAUUUGCAUGUGAAGAGUGCGGCAUGCGGUUCACACGGCAGUACCGCCUAACGGAGCACAUGCGAGUUCACUCCGGGGAGAAGCCGUACGAAUGCCAGCUAUGCGGUGGGAAGUUUACCCAGCAGCGCAACCUCAUCAGUCACCUGAGAAUGCACACCUCACCCUCUUAGAAACGCAUCAAGCCAAAGAACUACAGGAAGAGAGAAAAAGGAACAUUUCUCCACCUUUUUUCCAUCUCGGAAGCAAAGAAAUGCACACACAACAUACACACAGUUCUUGAAUCUGAUUCCAGUUUACGACACCCUGGCUGAGUGAACGGUGUAGCUGCUCGCCACAGUGCGCUCUCUUGGUGACGGUGGGAUCCCAUUGAUGCAAGGAUAGGGUCAUCGGUUACAGUGAAUGACAAGUGCUCGCCUCUCAGGAGUUUUUCGAGGGACUAUUUACUUGUGUCUCUCUCCAAAGUCACAAAGCCAUGGUGGAGAGGCACAGUUGGUUAAAUGUGAAUGUGGGCACCUCGUACCCCUCAGCCGCCUUCCUCUCUUCGUGGUUUAAGCAUUAAAUCUUAAGAGUUUUUUCCCCACUGUUCCUAAAACAACUUUUGACCAAAAAGAAGUCGGUGCAAACAAAACUGGCAAUAAUUCAGCAAAAAGAAAAUUUUUACCCUGACAGCUUUAUAUCCUUUAUGAUGUUGGUGAUGCUAUAUGUAUGAAAGAGGAGGGGUAACUAGGUAUGGGACCAUCUCUGUGCUUUACCUGAAAGUCUAGAAAGAGAGAAAGAAAAGCUUUUCUCAGGAGGACAUGUUGGUUUGUAGAAGAUAACAAAUACUCUGUGUCCUCUCUGUGGCUGUUUGCAUUGAUGUAGACGAGAGUUUUUAUUCAAUUUUGGUUUUUUCGAUUUGCCUGCUAGAGCUCCAAGGAAAGAAGCUGGAAAGAGAAAACCCCUUGUGGUAGUACUCAUACUUUAAGAGCUUGUCAUGUUUCAGUGAAUGUUUUAAACUGGAAGGUCUUGGGAUUUUUCUGGUCAAGUGCGGGUGGGGGGUCGGGGUUGUUGGGCAGGGAGGGAGGUUUAAAGGGGUGUUUUAAACCUAAUGCUAUGUUCAGUGGGUACGUUAUAUUUUUCUGUAUAGCUUUCCUCCCCUUGGAAAAAAAAGAAGUCUAUUUAUAUAUAGGCUUGUGACCUCGCUACCUCUGAUUACUCUUUUGAACUCUGUCGAUUUAGUUAAAAGUUGCUUAUGUAAUUAAUUGUAUAAAGUGUGUAGAUUAUGUAACUUCUCACCCAAUGCUUUAACCUGCCCAUCUCUCAACACAGGUUUUUGACGCUCAUAGAUUUUACACAUUCUGAUUGUCUCUAGCUGAUAUUUGUACUUGUCAAGAUAUAACUUUUCUUUUUUUUAUUAUUUUCAUGUUUUUGGGACCCAGGUCACCGUGGCCCCCAAUUCAAAGUGUACUGUAGCGUCCAGCCUGGAGCAAAUAGUGGUUCGUUGGUUAGUUUUAGAUGUAUAGUGUCCCAAAGAUCUUAUGAAUGUCGAGGAGAACUGAACUAACUAACAAACAUUGCUAGACAAGUUCAUAACCAAAGUUUUUAAAAAAAGAUGUACUUAAGAUAUAUAGCAUACUAAAUUAUUUCUCUUUUGAUUUCUUUUAUUGCUGUAUAAAACAAAAUAAGAAUUAUCUUCUAAAGUCCAGACAAAGAAAUCCAUUCUUUUUGUGAUUGUUUUGGCCAAUAACUCUGAGGCUGGUGAUGGUUCUUGUGGUUUUGCAAGGAAAAGCUUGUGCUGAUUGGUGGGCUGGUGGGGAUGUAAACACUUUACCACCUGAUGGGGUUCUGGAAGGACUGGUAAAGUCUAAGACAAGUUCACUGAGCAUGUUUAUCCCAUUUCUGUUAUUUUGUUUGUAUCCAGAGUCCUUAUCACUUUAUAUUCUCUGACUUUUAAAAACAGGACUUGAUGACAGUUUGUGUUCUGUUCAGACCAAAAAAAAAGAAAAAGAAGAAAAAAAUUAUAGGAUCUAUAAUCAGAAUUUUAAUGUGAAGUUUAAGUUACUCAAGUCUUUUCGAUUUUUCUGAGCCGAAUUUGUGAAAACUUGUCAUUUAAAAAAAAAAGGAGAAGCAGAGAUGCACUGGACAGCUUUAUAGUUAUAUCACUAAAGAUGACUUAAAUUAUUUUGAACUGUUGGUGAUGUACAUCUUUCGUUAUAUUAUUAGAUGUACCUCAACAACAGCAACCAGAGACUGGCUCUGGGUCACUUCGCCCCUUCGCUAAUUUGUACCUCAAUUUCAUCUCUUCCUGUGUACCUGAAGCUCAUAGUUCACACUGUGAUUUCAAAAACCCAACUGGACUAGAACAUGUGAGGCUGUGUAAACUUGAUACAUCAUCCUGAUGGUAAUCCUUAUCAUACUGUAAGAAGACUGUGUGCAAUUAAUUGCUAGAGCAGGGUAACAAAAACACUAGUAUCAAUCCAACAAUGCCUGGACAACAAGCUACAGCUUGUUAACUCUUACAAGCUCUGAAAAGGAGAGGAGUAUGCAGAAAAUGAGACAGCUGUGUAAGCGCUGAUGACUGCAGAAAGGUGGACAGUAGCAAGUUAGUUCUUGCUGCAAUCAAAUGUCACGAUUUUCCCAGGAAACUUCUGAUUGUACCUAAAAUAUUUGUUGUGGGGCAGCUUUGGUUAUGUGCCUACAAAGUUGUAGAUUGUUUCAGAAGGGAAAUUAAUUGCACAUUGGGAAUCGAGUUUUGAACUUCAAUAUAUUUUUUAAAUUUUUACUUCAAGUUGUGUAUUCUUCAUGGACAAAUGGUUAUAAAUAUACUGACAUUUCAAUGUAAUGCCUAAGUUUCUUGUCCCUAUUUGGGUCACAACCAACAAAUCAAUAAAGAUCAAAACUUCAAAUGUACAAAAUGGCGAAGGGGCGAAUUAUUUAGUACUCGUAGGGAAUGGCUUGUUUCUUGUUUGUCCGUUUCUCUGCCCAGUGUAUCUACUCUGAAAACUCUCACUGUGGAUCAUUAACCUUCACUACAAGUUUUUGGUAUAGGCAUUCCUCUGUAAUGUUGAAUUUUAACUACCCUCUUGAGUUUAUAUUUUUUGGUAAUAUUUCCUUCAUCCUCUUGUUAAGGUCUGUGAAAUGUUUUUACGGCGUUGCAGCUGAAGCUCCGUUUGUAGGUACCUGCAUCCUGGACUCCCAGAGUUGUUGCCUAAUUUAACAUUGACUUUCUUGUUGUUCUGCAUGGUACAUGGGAAUUUUUCACACUCCCCUCCCCCUUUCAAACAACAAACAUGUUAUUUAUCACCUGUGACCUCUCUUGGCUAAAGAGGGAGUCCUCAAUGCAUUGCCUUCAAACGUUAUUGUACUUGUCAGCACUAGGUGCACUGCAGCACGAUGUCUGUAAUGCAAAAGGUGUUUGUACAUUAUCUUUAGCCAUCUCUGCAAAGAUUUUUUUUUUGCAGCUGCAUUUGAAUGCUUGCUUGUUUUUCAAAACGAAGAAAAAAAAAACUCCAAACUGUGACCAUACUACUACUAUUACUACUAGUACUACUACUCUUCAAGUACUUCAGGGAUUGUUCUGCGUGUGUGAACACAGGCUCUCAGCUACAUUUGUUAGAUAAAGCGUAUCAGUUUCUCUGUAUUUUAGACUUUGGAGAAGCAAAAAAAACACUAGUUUCAUAUUAAGAUGAAUAGGGGGGAAUCUUUUUCAACUAACACAAAAAGCCUUGACAAAAGGCGAGGCAGCUCAAAACAGUCUACAUUUUUAGUUAGUUACACAGUACGUGCAGAAAUGGGUGCAAAGUUGUACAAAAAACCUUAGAAGAAAGAAAUAAUAAUAAAAAAUAGCUCAUACCCAAAUUCACAAACUAUUUUUUAAACCAAAGCACAUUUGAAUGAUUAUGGAACCAUGUGUGGCUCUAAAAAAAGAAAAAGGAAAAAAAAUAAACAUAUGUAUUUAUCUCAUUGUUUACAUGAACUUUUACAGUUUUACAGACCUCACUCGAGGCUCGGCCAGUCAAAGAUUUUUAUUUUACUUUUUCUCGUGUGUGCGUGUGAAAUUAAGACACUUUUCCACAGAUGUUGCUGCCAAAACAGAAGCUUAGCAUUAAACAUGGGGUGAACUGCUGCAUAUUCAAUUAGGGGGAGGGUGUGUGGUGUCUCCUCCCUGCCAGCUGGCUUUGGGGUGACCCUGCACCCCGUUCUCCUGCCCUCUGGCCCGUCUUCAGAUGGGACUUCAGGGAGUGGUGGGGGGAGUGGGCAGUGCAUCCUUGACAUAUUAAUCAAAAAGGCAUUGUUGGUCAGGGUCUGUUAGCUUAAUGUUGUCUCUGUGUUUACCCAAACACGCUCGAGGCGUUACUCCUCUGCUUAAGCCUUUCUAAAUGGUCAUCUAACAUGGUACACCUCUUACCGGCCGCUGUUUUUACAACCCAUUCGGAGAAUGUAGCAGAAUAAAAAAAAAAAUUUUUUUAAACUUCUUUCUUUUUGUUCUUUGCAUGUAAACGGGCUCAUCCGGUAGUCUUAACUGUGAAUCUUAAUUGUUUUUGUUUCACACUUUUAAAUUUUCCUGUAUUCUGUGGACAAAAGCAGCACAAACCUCUGGCUGGCCGAGCCUCGGACAACAUUGGCGCAAACACUUAUUGACAGUGUUCUCUCUGUUUUUUUUCUUCUGUUUUUUUUUUUUUUUAUCAAAUGUCUAUUGUCGGUGAUGAAUGUAUUUAUUUCCAGGGCCUGCCCUCAUCUCUCUAAAGAAUUUUCUCUGUGUGUGAGACUGAGGUGGAGGCAGGACCCCCUUUCUUUUUUUAUUGUUUUUGUUUUGAUGACUUUCAAGCUGAAUCUUAAACGAGACUCAAACAUAGCCAUUAACCACAAUCUGUGAAGAUUUUUUUUGUGUGUGUGGGAGAGCUGAUGUAUGUUUUUUCCAACUUUAAAGAAAAUGGUCUAUGGCAUUUACACCUGACAGUCUGUAGAGUUUUUUUUUUUGUUUAAUUAAGUGGGAUUUUUGCCCACAUUGUCUUGAGUUCUCACUAACUGGACACAGAGGGGAUGUGAACUUUGACCUCCUCCUGUGUGUUUGUCUGUGGACCUGAGCAGGAUGCUGUUGCUGCCUGUGCAGAGCGGAGGCUACUGUAUGUUUUAAAACGUGCUCUCCCUGGGUGUUGCCAUGCUGCUGAUGCUGAAGAAAAUAAAACUAUAUAAAGCAGAAACAUGCACAUAAUUCACGUUUUUCCUCUUGAACAUUAAGUCUCUUGUCUUAAACUUCCAUCUUUUUUUGUUUUCAGUGUCUCUUAUCUCCACUUUAGCAUAUAUGUUUUGUUUUAGAAAUGUUGGAUGAGAUAGCUUUACUAAGUGCACUUUGUAUGUUUUCUAAAGCUUCUGAGAGGACUUAGAGGUUCUCAUAGCAGUUCCAAUUUACCUGACGGUUUCUUCUUUCUCUUCUUACCUCAUCAUUGUUAUUGUUUGCUAAUACUAACUAAAACCCAUAUCAUUAUGCAGUGUUAGAAAAGCUUUAAAAUGACACAUGAAGCAGGAAACCCCUCUGAGAGAGUGUGCAGUUCUCAGUGUUCCUUUUGUUGCUCUUCAGCUACUUUUGCGAUCCACCUUUUUCUUUUAUUGGUGAUAUCACGAAGGGGCUGUUCUGUCUAGUUAUUUUGUAAGUGAUCCUUACCUUGGCAGGCUGAACCAAAGCUAGUUUAUUAAACGGCCUUCAGUGCCAUUAGACCCUGUUUUAAGCUUUAUUGCCCCUUGCUUUAUCUCGGACACACCUGACGCUUGCUUCGAGCCCUUUUGGUUCUCUGUAAUCUUUACUGCACAGAGGCCUCUAUACUCUGCUCUGCUGCAUUUUUCAGUGUUUACUGUACCUCCAGUGACACCAAAAUACCUCAAAAACUUCCAGUGUUUACAGACAAAUGCUGUCUUGCCAUUACAUUGAUACUGUUUUGUUUUUCUUGCCGUCCAUCUGUAACCAAAAAGAGUUUAUAGAACCGUAUUUUCAUACAAAACAUUUUUUUUACAUAUUUCUACGAGUUUAUUACAGCACACUGUCACCUUGCUGUGCACUACAUUCACAGACGGACAUGAUUAGCUGCUAAAUGUAAAGUUAGUACUUGAGGAGUUGAACUGCUGGAGCUGGGUAUAUCGAGCUUCUGGUUUUCUUCAAGAACAGCCUCUCAAUAAUGUAUCAGGAUCUAAGGGGCUGAGAGGCUCUGGAAUGGACCUGUAGGGUCUUUGCUGUUGAAUAAUUAAAAGGGCAAGAAUCCCUUCCCCUUUGGCAAACACGCAUCUCAUGCAAAAGGUGCACAUGCCCAGGUGCGCUUUUUUUUUUUUUUUUGCCAUGUGUUAAUGCAGACCUCCUUCAACGCAAACACAGAUGCCACUGUCUAAGUCUGCAAACGUGGCCUCUAAAACCAUGCGCACACACCACCAGUAUUUAAAGGGAGGUUUCCUGACCCUUGUUGUGGCUUUUGGCAGCACCCAGGCUGGGCUCUCUCUAUCUCUCUUUCUUUUUCCCUCUCUUUAUCUCCACUCCUCAGAGAGCUCGUAUUCAGGUCAGAGCCACCGCUGUGUAGCGAUCGGGCUCGCAAACUCAAAGUGUCAUAAAAGUGUAAUACAGCUGACCUCAGCACUCACAACCUUGCAGUCUUAAUGUACAGCAGUGAGGAAGAAUAAACUGUUAUUUUAUGAUCUUUUCAUUAAAAGCUUGAUUGAAAACCAAAAA